GAGCGGAGCCGAGCGCAGCCGAGCCGGGCCGAGCCGGGCCGGGCCGGGCCCAGGAGCGAGCGGGCGAUGCGGGCGGCCGGGCGGGGGUUGGCCGGCCCCUGAACCCCGCGCCCCCCGGGCCAACGAGGGAGCCCCGCGGCGGCGUGCCCGAGGCAGCCGGCCCGCCAUGGCCGGGGUCAGCUACGCGGCGCCCUGGUGGGUGAACCUCCUACACCGGCUGCCCCACUUCGACCUGAGCUGGGAGACCACCAGCAGCCAGUUCCGGCCCGAGGAUACCGACUACCAGCAGGCGCUGCUGCUGCUGGGGGCCGCCGCGCUGGCCUGCCUCGCCCUGGACCUCCUCUUCCUGCUCUUCUACUCUUUCUGGCUGUGCUGCCGGCGGCGCAAGAGCGAGGAGCACCUGGACGCUGACUGCUGCUGCACCGCCUGGUGCGUCAUCAUCGCCACGCUGGUCUGCAGCGCCGGCAUCGCCGUGGGGUUCUACGGCAACGGGGAGACCAGCGACGGCAUCCAUCGGGCCACCUACUCGCUCCGCCACGCCAACCGCACGGUGGCAGGGGUCCAGGACCGCGUGUGGGACACCGCGGCCGCGUUGAACCGCACGGCAGAGCCCAGCCUGCAGAGCCUGGAGCGGCAGCUGGCCGCGCGCCCAGAGCCCCUGCGCGCAGUCCAGAGGUUGCAGGGCCUUCUCGAGACGCUGCUGGGCCACACCGCGGCCAUCCCCUUCUGGAGGAACCCGGCUGUGUCCCUGGAGGUGCUGGCCGAGCAGGUGGAUCUCUACGACUGGUACAGGUGGCUGGGCUACUUGGGCUUACUGCUGCUCGACGUGGCCAUCUGCCUGCUGGCGCUGGUCGGCCUCAUCCGCAGCUCCAAGGGCAUUCUGGUCGGGGUCUGCCUGCUGGGGGUCCUGGCCCUGGUCAUCAGCUGGGGCGCACUGGGCUUGGAGCUGGCCGUGUCCGUGGGCUCCAGCGACUUCUGUGUGGACCCCGACACCUACGUGACCAGGAUGGUGGAGGAACACUCCGUGCUGAGUGGGGAGAUCUUGGAGUACUACUUGGCCUGCUCGCCCCGUGCCUCCAACCCCUUCCAGCAGAAGCUGUCUGGCAGCCACAAGGCGCUGGUGGAGAUGCAGGGCGUCGUGGCCGAGCUGCUGAAGACCGUCCCCCGGGAGUACCCGGCCACCAAGGACCCUCUGCUCCGUGUCCAGGAGGUGCUGAACGGCACAGAGGUGAAUCUGCAGCACCUCACCGCCCUGGUGGACUGUCGCAGCCUGCACCUGGACUACGUGCAGGCCCUGACGGGCUUCUGCUAUGACGGCGUCGAGGGCCUCAUCUACCUGGCCCUCUUCUCCUUCGUCACAGCCCUCAUGUUCAGCUCCGUUGUCUGCAGUGUGCCACACACCUGGCAGCAGAAAAGAGGCCCCGACGAAGACGGGGAGGAGGAGGCGGCCCCGGGGCCCAGGCAGGCACACGACAGCCUCUACCGCGUGCACAUGCCCAGCCUGUACAGCUGCGGGAGCAGCUACGGCAGUGAGACCAGCAUCCCAGCUGCGGCCCACACCGUCAGCAACGCCCCGGUCACCGAGUACAUGAGCCAGAAUGCCAACUUCCAGAACCCCCGCUGUGAGAACACGCCCCUCAUCGGACGCGAGUCCCCGCCGCCCUCACGCUAUCUGGCAGGCUGGCAGUUUAAGCCCAUGGAUAGUGCCCGAACGCUGUGGUGGCCGUGCCCUCAGAGUGACAGUACACCUCCAGCAUGAGAGCCAAAUACCUCGCCACCAGCCAGCCUCGCCCCGACUCCAGCGGCAGCGGCCACUAGACCGCCCCGGCCGGCCACCCGCCCGCCUGCCCGCGUGCCAAUCGCCCCGCCCUCCCCAUGCCAGCACUGCCGCUUCCACCCGCGACCACUCGCCGGACCCUCCGCACGCACGCCAGGCCCGCUGCCGGCUCCUUUGCGGCCCCCCUUCCCUCCCCUCCCCUCCCCUCCCCUGCCCUCCCCUCCUCGCAGGGGCAUGGAGAUGAGGAACUCCGGGCCCGCGCCCUCUCCUCAGGCCACGCGCCUGGACGCCUGCGAGCGAUGCCACCGACGCGGGGCCCUGGCCCCCCACGCCUGUCCGCCUCUGAGGACCUGCGUUUGCAGAGCCCUUCCCUGGGCCGGCCCCGGCGCCGUGUCCCUGCCACCUGCCCUGCAGCACGCCGACCCUGUGGACGCCCGCGUUCUCCGGCUCGCACCCCAGCCUGCCCCUCCCCUCCCGCAGCUCUGUGUUCCCGAGGCUUCUGUCCACAGGCUGUGCGGCGCCCCCCGCUGUGCCCGGCACCCGGAGGGGCCUAGGCUCGCACCCGCCCACCGGGCUCCUGUGCGGAGAGCCCCCGGGGCGCCUCCGUGGCUCUUCCUUUUCUCUCCACCUGAACACAGGCCCCUCCGGGAGGCUCCGCUUCCUCUGCCUCCGGCCCAGCACUGCUCUCUCCCUCAGCGCCCACCCUGCCCGCGGGGCCCAGCCCCCCACAGCGGCGGGAGGACGGCAGGGGCCGCACACUCAGUGCUGGCCACCUUCUUGGUGCCAAACCCCCUCCCCCACCCCAAGACUUGGCAGCUUGUCUGGUUCGUUUUUGCACUAACCACCUUUGUCACCCUAGGGCAGGCGGACUGCGGGCCGGGCAGCCCUCCCUUCUCGGUUCCCUCUCUGUCUAGGACAGGCGCGGUGUCCCGUGCCGGGCCGUGGGGCUGGACCCGAGCUGGCUGUGAGCGUGCCCUCGGCCCCUGCUGCCCCUCUUGGGACUAACCACUAACCUCACCCAGCCUCCGCGGGCACCCCUGGCCGAUCCAGAGCCGGCAAGUGUCACCCUGAGUCCGGGCCAGAGAUGAGGCCUAAGCCGGCCGGCUGGGAGUCAAGCUGGAGUAACCGUUUCUUCUCGGGGUGCUGCUGGGGAAAGGGCUGUAGACUGACAGGCAGCCCAGGAGCCUCGAGAGCCGUCCCUGGGCAGGUGCUGCCCCAGGAUGACUGUGUCCUAGGGAACGAAUGUCCCUUAGGCUGUAGGACCGAGGUCCCUGCGGCCUCAGUCUCCCUACCUGUGAAGUGGGAACAAGGCUUCCCUAAGGUGCUUUGGCUUUAGUGUACAAUGUUUGCUGUGUUUCCUGCCAUGGAGGGUGGGCCACCCCCAAAUCAGGAUGGGAAGUCCCCCGCCAGUCCCAGUCUUGGCCUAGCCAGCCUGAAACGGAGAGGCUCUGGCCUGUGUGUCAAGCCAGGGGCAGCAGAGUACCACCGACAGGCACGUGUGAGGGCCCGGGCCAGGGUCCUGCGGUGGGAGGUGGGCAGCUGGCCAAGCAGCUUACAGACAUGUGGGCUCUUCCUUCCAGAGCGGGGGCGAUGCCCUGCCCCGGGACAGGCCCGGGGACAGGCCGCCUGCCCUUCCUCCACAAUCCUCUCUCUGUGCUGGUGUCUGGGACCAAAAGGGCAGGUGGGCUGGAGGCCAGGCCACAUCUGCCCCGCCCCUGGGGCAAACCGCUGAGCCGGGGAGGGAGGGAAGUGAGCAGGCAAACACUGGGGUGCCCCAGGUGGUCCUGGCGUCUGAGCCCGUGGGCAUGGGCAAACCUCACCGCAGGGCACUGUGUGCCCCGGGCCCGGCCCGGCCGUUGUUCUGGGCGCCCGCGGCACACCUGCCCAGCUUUUCCUCCGGGCUCCACCAGUGCCGAGAGCGUUCCGGGCCCGGGGUCGGGGGGAGGCCCCGGCAGCCCCGCCCGGGUGCAGCCGCUCUCCACCGCUGCUCAGAAGCACAGUCGGCUGACCGCGGCCCUGGGAGGCCGCCCGCAAUGUGAAUGUACAUAGCAUGAGAGGCGGGCGCUGCCCGGACAGGCUGUGGACCGCGGCUGUCCUGGGAGUACCCUCCGUGCGUCGUGUGCGUGAGUGCCUGCCCCAUCUGUGACGUCCUCACGUUCUUCUACUCACCGAGGUUGGAGAAAGGAAAAGGAGAGUGAUUCCGAGGGGCUCACACCCAAGCCUCAGUCUCUGGAGGGGAGCAAGUCCUACCAUUGGUUUCCUUUCGUUCCAAGUGUUCAGGGUCCCCUUCCUAACCCCCAUCCCAGUGACUUCUCCACAUCCCUUCCCAACCCUGCACCACUGGGCCUCGCUUCCCACAGGCCCUUGACAAAGUGGGUAGCAGGUGGGAGGGAGGGUUCCCCCAGGGCCUUGAAGCGCCCCUUCCCCCCCCCUCCCCCCAGCAGGGUCCAGCUGGCUCCCAGGCCCCGGACAGGCUGGGCAAGUGUGAGGCAGGGUCCGACCGGGACACCUGGCUGAUGGGACUCCCCGUGCCAGCAUCCACUGCCCCUGGGUCCCCUGCCACAUCACCCACCCCAUCUCACUAUGCAAUUCCAGCCCAAGUACCAUCCCCUCCCUACCCAGGACCCCUGCCCAGCCCCAGACUGGUGGGGGCCUCCCUGGGGCGCAGCUGCGGGGCAGGCAGGGGGUGGGCAGGGACGUUCUAUUUAGCUGUGAUGGUUGCGUCUGUGCCACUUUGUUACAUAUAACCUGUCAUUCAAUAUGAUUUUGUUAAGACUCCGACCCUCCCGGCCCCUCUCCUGGCCCUGCACCCUCUCCCCAGUGUGAUUAGUGCCCUGAGCGGGAAGGGGGAACUGAGGCCUGAACCAUUCGGCAUCUUCCUCCAGAAUCUUCCUCCGACCUCCAUAGGGCCAAGGCUGUAUGUGCUGUCGCUGUGUUUUUAAUUUUUAUUUUUGGUUUUGGUUUUGGUUUUUUUUAACUGGGUUUGGGGUUUGAUUUUUAUUUCUUUGGGGGCUUUAUUUUUCUUGGCAAAUAACUAAAAAUCUCGUCAAUGUAAUUUCUGUGGUUUCUAUUCAGCUUGGGUUUCAUGUUUUAAAAUAAACACAUUUUAAAAAACAA